AUGAAGGCGUUGAUACUAAUCGGCGGUUAUGGCACUAGAUUACGUCCCUUAACACUUAGUAUUCCCAAACCACUAGUCGAAUUCGCAAACAAACCAAUGUUACUACAUCAAAUCAAAGCUUUACUUGAAGUUGACAUUACUGAAAUUAUCCUUGCAAUCAACCGUGAAGCUGAAGUUUUGGAAUCGAGUAUAAGAGAAAGUUGUGAUAAAGUAAUUCAAAACACCAGUGUAAAAAUUGUAUUUUCUUACGAAAAAGAAGCACUGGACACAGGAGGUCCACUUGCACAGGCGGCGCCAUUUUUAGCAGGAGAAAGGUUUUUUGUUCUAAACAGCGAUAUCAUUUGUAAUUAUCCUUUCAAACGAAUGCUAGAAUUCCACUUAUCUCAUGGAAAAGAGGGUACAAUGGCAGUCACAAAAGUUGAAGAGCCGUCAAAGUAUGGUGCUGUGGUGCACAAUGAUCAAACAGGUCUUGUAAAACGUUUUGUCGAAAAACCAUCGGAAUAUGUCGCUAACAGAAUUAACGCUGGACUCUACAUUUUUGAGCCUACCAUUCUCAAGCGUAUUGAGGCCAAGCCGAUGUCCAUUGAAACAGCUGUUUUCCCAGCAAUGGUGAGGGAUUCUGAACUGUACUGCAUUGAGUUCUCAGGAUUUUGGAUGGAUAUUGGUCAACCUGCAGAUUAUCUAACGGGCAUGCGAUUAUAUUUGGGCCAUUUAUAUGAAUGUAAAUCACCUUUGUUAACAGUUGAUCCGAAUUUGAUAGGAAAUGUUCUUGUCCAUGAAACUGCAAAAAUAGGUCACGGUUGUCGAAUAGGCCCUAAUGUGACCAUCGGUGCAGGUGUCAUAAUUGAAGAUGGAGUACGUAUAUCUAACUCAGCUAUCUUUUCAAAAUCAAUCAUUAAAUCUCAUUCUUGGUUAAAUAAUUGUAUUGUUGGCUGGAGAUCAGUUGUUGGAAAAUGGGUAAGAAUGGAAAAUGUUACAGUUCUAGGAGAAGAUGUAACUGUGAAAGAUGAACUCUUCCUUAAUGGAGCACUUGUACUUCCUCAUAAUUCAAUAUCACAAUCUGUUUCUGAACCACAUAUAAUUAUGUAA